AUGGUCCGGCACGACUCGGAGGUGGCGUCGGUCCGCGUGUACUCUCGAGACCCAGAAAGGAAAGAGGACGAGAGGCCUCAUCAUACGAAGGAUGAGCGGAAGACAUCCAAAGAUGGAGGCAAGCUCAAGGAGCUCAGUGAGGAAGACGAGCAGCUGAAGACGGAGUUAGAGAUGCUAGUUGAGCGCCUGGGAGAAGCGAACCAACAGCUAUACCGUCCAGCACUGGAGGCACUUCGGAAUCUGAUUCGCACGAGCACGUCGUCCAUGACGUCUGUGCCGAAGCCACUGAAGUUCCUGCGUCCGCACUACGCACACCUCAAGUCGCUGUACAACCAAUGGACUGUAGAGGAUGAGGAUCGUGCAUUGUUUGCUGAGAUCCUCAGUGUGCUUGCUAUGACGUACUCAAAUACAGGAGAACGCGAGACUUUGGCUUUCCGGCUCAAAGCGGACAAGUUGCGAGCGUCGACUACGGCCGAAGAUCUGGGCCAUUGGGGUCACGAAUAUGUGCGCCACUUGUGCACUGAGCUCGGUGAAGAGUACAAUGCUACGGGCGAAGAUGAGAAAGAUGUGCAAGAGUUGAUGCGUCUUGCGCUCCUCGUUGUCGACUUCAGUCUGAAGCACAAUGCUGAGGUCGAUGCCGUGGAUCUGCUGCUCGAGAUGGAGGCCGUGGAUCAGCUUCCUCAGUUUGUCGACAAGGACACAUUUGAGCGUGUGUGCCUGUACUUGGUGAGCUGUGUGAAUUUGUUGGUUCCACCCGACGAUGUCUUGUUUCUGCGCACGGCGCGCGAGAUCUACCGUAAGCACUCCCGCUUUUUCGAGGCAUUGGUGAUAAGCAUUCGUCUAAUGGACCCUACUUGCAUCCGUCAAGACUUUUUGUCCCCCAACAAUGAGUCCAUGCGUAAGCAAAUGGCGUUUGUACUGGCGCGCCAGCAGAUCCCCAUUGAAUGGCUUCAGGAUGAGUCAAACCCUAUUACGGAUCAAGCACUGAUUGACUGCCUGCUCCAAACUCAACUUUCUUCGCGAUUUAUCCAGUUCGGCAAGGAUUUAUCCAUCUACGAGCCCAAGACACCGGAGGAUGUGUAUAAAACGCAUCUAGAAACGGCCCGCGUGUCAUCGAUCGACUCGGCACGCGGCAACUUGGCCAAUGCCUUCGUGAAUGCCUUCGUGAAUGCGGGCUUUGGCAAUGAUACGCUGAUUGUGAAUGCCGAGGAAGGCGACAGCUAUGUGUACAAGACCAAGGACCACGGGAAACUCUCAGCUGCGGCCAGCGCGGGUAUGUGCUUGCUCUGGGACACGGAGCUUGGCCUGAGCCACAUUGACAAGUUUACGUAUUCGUCGGAUGAACACGUCCGGGCUGGUGCUAUGAUGGCGUAUGGUAUUUUGCACUCGGGAGUGCGCACCGAGAUGGAUGCCCCGCUCGCACUGCUGGCGGAGCACGUCGAGAGUAAGAGCAAACCGCUGCAGCACUCCUCGAUUGUGGGUCUGGGUCUUGCGUAUGCGGGCCAGGCGCGCGAGGAGCUUAUGGCCCUGCUGCUGCCGUACGUGCAAGAUGAGACGACGCCGAUGGACACGGCUGCGCUAUGUGCACUUUCGCUCGGCUUUGUCUUUGUGGGCUCCGCGCACGGUGAAAUUGUGCCCAGUAUCCUUCAAACCAUGAUGGAACGAGAGCCCUCGGACCUAAAUGACAAAUGGAUGCGUUUCAUGGCGCUUGGAUUGGCGCUGCUGUUCCUAGGCAAGCAAGAUGAAGCGGAUGCUACGAUCGAGACGCUCAAGGCGAUCGAACAUCCUGUCUCUCGCGAUGCACAGAUCCUUGUGGAUGCCUGCAGCUACGCAGGGACGGGCAAUGUGCUGAAAAUCCAGACGCUGCUGCACUACUGUGCGGAGCAUGUGUCGGCAGAGAAGAAAGAGGACACUGACGAGAAGCGAGAAACCGAUGAGCAGCCACACGACCUGUACCAGUCGUAUGCGGUCCUGGCCAUUGCCCUUAUUGCCAUGGGAGAAGACGUUGGUGCGGAAAUGACGUUGCGUCACAUGUCCCACCUCAUGCACUAUGGUGAUCCGGUCAUCCGACGUACGGUGCCACUCGCCUUGGCGCUUCUGAAUCCUUCAAACCCAGUGAUCACAGUCCUCGACACACUGAGCAAGUACUCGCACGAUAGUGACCUGGAUGUGGCACUCAACGCGAUCUUUGCUAUGGGCUUGGUCGGCGCCGGCACAAACAAUGCGCGGUUGGCGCAGCGCCUGCGUCAGUUGGCCAGUUACUAUGCCAAGGAGCCCGACUGCCUGUUUGCCGUGCGUGUGGCACAAGGACUAGUACACAUGGGUAAGGGCACGAUUGGCAUCGAUCCAUAUCACACGGAUCGCCAGCUGUUCAGUUUCUCGGCGAUUGCUGGCCUGCUUGCAACGCUGCUGGCCUUUACGGAUGCACGUGGAUUUGUGCUGGACCGCACCCACUGGAUGUUGUUCUGGCUCUCGGCGGCAAUGCGGCCACGCUUCCUUAUUACACUGGACGAAUCUCUGGAGCCUUUACCUGUGUCAGUGCGUGUGGGUAAGGCUGUCGACACAGUGGCGCAGGCCGGCAAACCGCGAACGAUUUCUGGCUUCCAAACACACAAUACGCCCGUACGCCUCGGAUCGCGUGAACGCGGAGUCUUGGCAACCGAAGAAUACCUAUCCUACACACCCAGUGUUUAA